AUGUCCGCCAGUGAGAUCAAAGAUUACCCUCUGAAUAAUUUCAGGGUUUUUGAAGAGAUCGCUUCCCUGAGUUGCGUGCAACUGAACAUAAUUUUCUUUUGGAUGGUAUGUGCCGAACAAAACUAUCCAAAAAUUUUGAAGAUUUGA